GUCUCCCCUUUAGAGGAGCUCCCACCAGGGAGGACCCACAGACACACACAGCUCUGGCCAAGAGGGAGGACAGGACAGAGGAACUGACAGUGUUAACUAACUUCCACUGUCCAGCAGAUCACACCACUGUUACAGAGACCAAGAGACUAUCCAGGACCUGAGAGAGACUGAGAGAUUAUCGUAUCUCCGUCACCAAGGGACAGAGAGGAAGGAGAGACUGAGAGAUCAUCGUAUCUCCAUCACCAAAGGAACAGAGGAAGGAGAGACUGAGAGAUCAUCGUAUCUCCGUCACCAAGGGACAGAGAGGAAGGAGAGACUGAGAGAUCAUCGUAUCUUCAUCACCAAAGGAACAGAGGAAGGAGAGACUGAGAGAUCAUCGUAUCUCCAUCACCAAGGGACAGAGAGGAAGGAGAGACUGAGAGAUCAUCGUAUCUCCGUCACCAAGGGACCGAGGAAGGAGAGACAACGUGGAUACAGGACAUCCAGUGACUGGGUGACCAUAGGGGGGAGUGGAUCUGGCCUAAAGAGGAACCGAACUGACCAGCCAUCUGCCAGUCAGAGCUACCCAUCCAUCAGGACAUUUCUGCACUCCAAUAGAUUGGCAGUGACACUUCGACUAACUUUUCCUGCAUCGUCGCUGAUUGCCACACAGCAGCUAGGCUCGUCAUUGCGUUGGGAAACGAUUUCAGAACUUCUAAGCCGUUUACAGUAACCUCUGGGGGGGGAAAGCGACCGGUCCACAAGACAUCGUUAGGACAUAUUGACAAACCAUGAUGGAGGAUCACCUGUCUAAGAUCCAUCCCUCCUCCUCCUCUCCAAGCCAAUCUUCAGGGAGCAGUGGCACCGACUGUGACAGCAGAGGAGCAAAGAGUCCAGCCCCGGGUAAAGCCCUGAGUCCAGCGCUGCUCUGUAAGGUCUGUGGAGACACCAGCAGUGGAAAACACUACGGCAUCUACGCCUGCAACGGCUGCAGCGGGUUCUUCAAACGCAGCGUCCGACGGAGACUCAUAUACAGGUGUCAGGCUGGUACGGGCAUGUGCCCAGUGGAUAAGGCCCAUCGGAACCAGUGCCAAGCCUGUCGGCUGAAGAAGUGCCUACAGGCAGGCAUGAACAAAGAUGCUGUCCAGAACGAGCGUCAGCCCCGCAGCACGUCUCAGGUGCAUCUGGACUCCAUCGACGUGGACACAGACAAGGAGCACCUGGCCACCACACGGGAUCCCACUUCCUCUUCCUCCUCUUCCUCCUCCUGCUCAGUGAUCACCCGGCCCCACAUCACCUCCACCUCCACCAGCUCCUCCUCUGCCCCCCCACAGCGCUGUGGCUCCUCCCCCAGCCCUCAGAACAACCACCGCUUCAUGGUCAGCCUCAUGACCGCUGAGACAUGCGCUAAACUGGAGCCUGAGGAUGUUGAUGAGAACAUUGAUGUGACCAGUAACGAGCCAGAGAGGGCGUCCUCAGACUACCACAUGUCCCUGUACCCUUCCAGUACAGAGAACGUGUACGAGACUUCAGCCCGGCUUCUCUUUAUGUCUGUUAAAUGGGCCAAGAACCUUCCAGUGUUCUCCAAUCUCCCCUUCAGAGACCAGGUGAUCCUGCUGGAGGAGGCGUGGUCUGAACUCUUCCUGCUGUGUGCCAUCCAGUGGUCUCUCCCCCUGGACAGCUGUCCUCUGCUGUCCCUCCCUGACGUGUCCCCCACCACCACGCAGAGUAAGACAUCCUACAGCAGCCUGGACCUGCGUCUGCUCCAGGAGGUCUUCAGUAGGUUCAAAGCCCUGGCCGUAGACCCCACUGAGUUCGCCUGCCUCAAGGCCAUCGUUCUCUUUAAACCAGAGACCCGAGGUCUGAAGGACCCAGAGCAGGUAGAGAACCUACAGGAUCAGUCCCAGGUGAUGUUGGGACAACACAUUAGAUCACAUUACUCCAGUCAGCCUGCCAGAUUUGGGAAGCUCCUCCUGCUGUUGCCCUCUCUGCGUUUCGUCAGCUCCGAGCGGAUCGAGCUCCUCUUCUUCCACAGGACCAUCGGCAACACCCCUAUGGAGAAACUGCUGUGUGACAUGUUCAAGAACUAAUACACAGAGAAACAAAAUGGACGCUCAGUUAUACUGCACUAAGACACAGAGAAACAAAAUGGACGCUCAGUUAUACUGCACUAAGACACACUGCAAGGGAACAUGCUGACAGCAAGAACUAAUACACAGAGAAACAAAAUGGACGCUCAGUUAUACUGCACUAAGACACACUGCAAGGGAACAUGCUGACAGCAAGAACUAAUACACAGAGAAACAAAAUGGACGCUCAGUUAUACUGCACUAAGACACACUGCAAGGGAACAUGCUGACAGCAAGAACUAAUACACAGAGAAACAAAAUGGACGCUCAGUUAUACUGCACUAAGACACACUGCAAGUGAACAUGCUGAAAGCUAACAAACUGCCGUGUUGUAACAGAAUGUUGUGAAUCUGUUAUUUGCUGUGUGUAAGAAAACCAUGUAAAUACGUUAUCGCUGUAAGAGAGUGUUGAAAACGGACCUGCUUUUGAGCUUUGUACUGUUGGACAGAAAGUUUGUGUUUCAUAUCUUCAGUUACGUUUCUGUCUAGCUGUCCAUUAUGUCUUUUUUCACGAUGUCAUGUAAUAUAUUUAUAUACAAUCUGUUUGGUGUUAGAUACUGUACAUUUCUGCUGUCAUAAAUAUGUGUGCUGUAUUUAUGAUUUCAUGCCUUGAUAAAUUGAAACUUGUA